GAAGUGGGGCUUCGCGGUGAGUUUGGAAGAGUUGCAGUAGCGCAGUUAGUGUCGGACAGUUCUGCCCGGGGAUUCAGGAGCUCGGUUUCCGGGUUCGGAAGUGACAGUGUGCCGGUACCGCUGGGCCCCUAUACGCACUCACAUCUGCUCAUCAGGUUUCAGGUCUCAUCAACACCAUCAGUAUCUGUGGCGCUUGGGUCAGAUGUGCUGUUACCUUGUACUCUGACUCCUGAGAAGAAUGGAGAGAAGAUGGAAAUCCGUUGGUUUAAAAAGAUAUUCCAGCCCUAUGUUCAUCUUUAUAUUAAUGGGAAAGAUGAUUACACAGCCCAGAUGCCACAGUUUGCUAACAGAACAGAACUGCUAAAAGAGAACAUCACUAGGGGAAUUUUCCCUUUAAAGAUCCAUAAAGUCACAGCUGAGGAUUCUGGGGAAUAUUAUUGUUAUGUUGAGUCCAGUGACCAUCACAGCAUGGCAGCAGUACAGCUACAGGUUACUGCCGUUGGAACUGUGCCGGUUAUUUCGAUUACUAAUGACAAUGUUUCUUGUGAGUCCCGUGAUUGGAAUCCAAAACCUCAUCUGACAUGGACUGAUAACGAGGGAAACAAAAUAAACUCCUCUAUGGUGGAAGUGUUGAGAGAUGAGAAUAAUUUAUAUUAUAUCCUCAGUAUUAUCCAGCAACCAAGUGCUUCAAACAUCACUUGUACUGUCUCCAAUUCUAUAAACCACUGCAGUGAUACCAGGCAGAUCAGAGGAUUGGAACAUUCACAAACAUCCAGGGGUACUCACAGUCGCGUUUAUGUAAUCGGUGCCAGCUUUCUGUUGAUUUUCUGCAUUUGCUUUCUAUUGAGGAGUCUGGCAAAUGGAACCCUACACACAGAAGCUUCUUAUUCUCCAGCCUGACCUGCUGGUUGAUCCAGAGGCUGCUGAUCCCCCUUUAUCUGAAGCCUUCGCCACUUUGCCUCAUAGGGGGAAAAAAUUCCUUCCAAGGUUUCAACGGUACCAGUCUCUGCAUCAACUUUGUAGGAAGAGUUCACUUCAGUAACCCUGUAUUCAGGGGCAAUUCUGCCCCAAGCACUGCCCUUAGGUGCCUACCUGAUACUGCCCUCCCCUUGCAACCUGCACCAACAUUUGCUCCCCUACAAGGGUUAAGGGGCUGUGGUGCUAGUGCAGCUGAAGUUCCUGCACUUGAAAAGCCAAAAUUCUGAUAUAAGUGGAAAUUUUAAGUUAUCAGGACUGGCUUUUUCUGACCAUGAUAAUACACAGGGCUGUGGAGUCGGUACAUAAAUCCCUCAACUCUGACUCCUCAGUUUAUGGUACAGGGAAACUCCUGGUACCCAAAAUUGCUUCCAACUCCACAGCCCACAGCUUUCCCUGUAACAAACCAUUUCCGCAUAUUUAGAUGGAACCUCCUAUAUAUUAUAUGGUUCUCUAUAUCAGUGUACCCCCACCAGUACUCCCCAACCCCUUGGGUGUUGCUCCCAGUGGCCUCAAAGCAGGGAGUUAUUUUAGAAUUUCUGGC